CUGAUUGAAUUGCGUUUUUAAAUUGCUGGCUAAGCGAUUUUCAACAUAUCUGGCCAAGCAACUCACUUUCACGACAAAGCUAACAACAGCUCAAUCGAAGUAGGCAUUUGAUUAUAUUGUGACAACUCACAAUAGCUGGUUGUAUCGUGUCUAGUACACAUAGCUAGUGCAGAGGUUUGGUUUGAGAACUGAAAACAAUUAUCGCAAAUAUUAUUCGCUUUCGCUGUGUUGCAAAAUUGAUUAACGAAAACAACAUAAAAACCAAGUUAUGGUCUUGGUCAACGAAUGGCACAGCAUUAAGGAUGACGAGCAAAAGCCCAAUGCGGCAGCAGCAGCAGCAGCAUCAACAAUCUCAACAGCAGUUGCUGCAGCAGCAUUAGCAGCAACAGCUGCAAAUAACGGCAUUGCCAGCGUUAAUACCUCAAGCUCAACAACAAUUGACCAAGAUUUAACCUCUAGACCAGUGGCUGUUGCCAGCGGCGUUGAAUUGUCCAAGCGCCAGCAGCGCGUCCAUAAGAAGGCGCAUAUGAUGGAGCUGAACAAGAAGGCCCAACAGGAGCAACAGCAGCAGCAACAACAACAGCAGUUGUUAAUGCGCGAAAAGCACGAGACCGAAACGUGUGAGCUGUCCACAGAGAACAACAGCAAUAGCAUCAGUAAUAGCAACAGCAACAGCAACAACAGCAUCGACAACAACAUUAUAGGCAAUAAUGAUGCCAACGACAAUAUGGAAAAUCAGGAGAACAAUAAUACGACUGCGACAGAGACCUGUGAUUCCAAUACGAACACAUUGCUGCAGGGCCAGCUGGCACAGAAACAGGCGCAACUACACAUGGCCAUGAAUUCGGUGCUAAAUGCCAAUAAUACAACGACGGGCGGAAAUUUAUUCAGCUCGAUGGGUGCCUUACAAUUGCCGAAUGAGGCUUCGAAUACGCUUCUCAGCAACGUGCAGGACAUGUCGCCCGGCGAGGCCAGAAUUGUGCUGCAAUGCGAGUUGAAAUCGCAUAAGUUUGAGACGCGCAACAUACUGCUGGCACCGGGACAGGAGUGCAAGGUCGGGCGUCUGAUUGCCAAGAGCAAGGCGAGCGAGAACAAUGCCAUAUUCGAUUGUAAAGUGUUGUCGCGCAAUCAUGCCAUGCUAUGGUAUACGACCGACGGCCGUUUCUGGGUAAAGGACACAAAGUCGAGCAACGGCACCUUCAUCAACGACAACAAACUGGGCAACGAGCCGGCCGAGCUGCACAAUGGUGAUAUCGUCAAGUUUGGCGUUGAGGUGAUCGAGAAUUCGCGUCAGGAGGUGCAUGGCUGCAUUAUUGCGCGCGUGACAUUGUAUUUGCCCGACGGACGGGAGGCUAUCUCAAUAGAGUCGGAGCAGUUGCAGAUGACGGGACCAAACCGGAUUAGCUAUGAUGAGAUACAGCGACUCAAUGCAUUUCUACAGGAGGCUGCGCAGCGUGAGAAGAUGCUGAAAGCGAAGCUCAGCAAUUUGCAGGGCGUGCUCGAUUCGACGCGUAAGAACUCGGCCAUGUGCUGGCAGAGCAUGAUCACCGAGGAUCAGCUCUUGCACAAGAUCAAUCUGCUCGAGAAGAAGUUGCAAAUGAUGGAGAAGAACGUGCCCGAGAAUACAUUACGCAACGAGGUUGUUAAAUUGCUUGAGGAUAAGACCUCGUAUCAGCUAACUGCCAAAGAGGCGCUGCGCAAGGUCUAUCAGGAUCGUUGCGAUGCCAUGCAAAUGCUGUCGAAGAUGGAGAUGGCCUACACAACAUCGGAUAAUGAGUGCAGCAUAUUGCGCACUCAGAUCUUAAGUUCGAAGCAAACUUUACAGGACUUUAACGAACGAUUGGAGCAGCUGCAGCAGGAGUAUAUGGACUACAAGCAGGAGACGAUGCGUCAACAGCAAGAGGCUAAGGAACUGGAGGAGCAGCGACUUGCGCAGCAUAAGGAGCAGCUAAUCGCGCAUGAGACCGAAAUGGAACAGAUGCGCCAACAGCUGAUGCAACUGCAGCAAACCAUUGCUGCUCAUGACAGCGAGCAGGCGCUGCAGCAGCAACAGACGCUGGAGCAACUGAAUGCGGCUAUCGGUGUCGGUGAAGAUGACGACGACGAUGAUGAUGAUGGCGGCGAUGAGGAUGCCGAUGAUGUUGCUGACGCAGACAUUGAGGAUGCGGCGAAUGACGAAGAAGUGAAUAGCGCUGACAUCAAGGAGGAUAAGGAAGCAGGAGAUUAUGAUAGUUGCGCAGUUGCUAGAGACGAAUUUGAGGUACAUGAAGGUGCACGAAUCAUCGAGCUGCACGACAAGGAGAACCAAACAUCAAUUCCCAACAAAACAAAAUCUAACAAGAAGACCAAACGGCAGCAGUUGGACGAAUUCGAUUUUAAGCACAAGGUGAUACGCAAAGGUACCAUGAUGAAGCUGCUCAAGAACUCGGAUCUCAAGGGCGCCGAUGGUGGCGACGUAUUGAAGGCUAUAUUCAAUGCAGCCGACUCUGGCGAGGAAGAUGAUGAAGAGCCUGAAUCAAAGUUGGAUUCACCGGAGGCAUCGCCAAUAGGCGGAGCUACCUUUGCCGAAGUUGCCUGUGAUGAGUUUAUACACAAGUCACCUAAACACACACGCCUCAAUGGCAUCGAUGAGGCCACCGAGGAGUCGCAGUCGGGGCACAAGCUGGAGACACAAGAGACGCUCGUGCACAGCUUCGAAGAACUGCUCGAUGCUGACCUACCGCAGGAGCAUGCCGUGGAUAUGUUGCACGAAGAGUGUAUAUUCUAUAAGAAAAAAUCAGCUAAGCUAACCAACGACAUAAGCAAUCUGGAGGAGGAGAUGAAUAACCUUAAGCAGCAGCUACAGGAUCUGCUAGAGCCACAGGGAAAAGCACAGGCACGCAGUGCCAGUGGGGCAGACGAGAAGGAUAAAAGCGCCGAGGGCGCCACUAGUGAUGAGGAGAAGCCGCUGUUGUCGGAAAAGGAUGUUUAUGGAGACCUCUCCAGCUGGCACGACGAUGUCAACAUCAUGAACGAUGCGCAAGUGGAACGUGAGGAGGAGCUGAUCGUGUACAAGGAACGCCUGGAGCAGUCCGAAAUGAGCAACAUUGCAUUACGCAAAGAGAUAUCUGAGCUGCGACUCAAGCAGCCAAUGCUCCAAGAUUAUAAUCUCUUAUAUCGUCGUGCUCUACCCCUUGGCUGUGUGGCGUUGGCGGCGAUUAUCUACUUUUUGUCCAUUCGCUUUUAACACUCGGGAAGUCAGCACUGCGAAAACGUCGUACCUACAGCAAAACGAGAUUCAACAAACAUAUAUCUAUACAUAUAUACAAUAUACAACACCUUGUGGGGUGGGAACAUGCGAGGGCGCGUGUUGGAUGCUGGAUGUGCACUAUAGGAAAAAACAAAAAAACGUGAAACAAAAAUAAUGGAAGUGGAUGUAAAGUAUGCAAAUCGGAUAAACGCAGUUAUACAGUUACAAUAUUUAUAUAUCUACACAUACGUAUAGAUACAUAUAUAUAUAUAUAUAUAUUCGAUGUACAUAUAUAUAUGCGUAUAUAUACAUCUAUCUUCACAAUCGAGCUUUACUCGCCAUUUUCUAUUCUGUUCUAUCUUUCUCAUAUUUUGGACCACAAAAUUUUUAGUUGUAAAUUGAAAUUGAAACGAACAAAA